UACGUACGUAACGCGUGGUGGUUUGGCGCCAGCAGGUUUCGCGGGGUGUCAGCAUCAGCAAUAGCACCAUCACGAGCAGAAAUCCUCCCGGUUAACGGCUGCAUUUACGAGCCAAGCGGCCGAAAGUAGAGCGAGGCUCCCGGCGGAGCGAGCAUUGGUUUAUUCGCAGCGGGGUGAAGCCUCUCCCGGCUUGGAUGCGGUCUUCUCAGCCCAUCUGACACACGGGAGAGGCCUGGAGGAGGUGAGGAAUAAUGAUGGCGUCUGCAGGACCUCCCAGCACCUCCAGCUUCCUCCCUCUGUUGGAGACUCUGGAGGACGGUACGGCCGGGCAGUCGGAGCAGACGGACGCCUACCUGACCAUCGCCAAUCGACUCAGUGGGGAGGAAGGCCAGCAGUUUCUCUCAGCUGUAGAGAAGAACUUUACUCGUUUGGGUAAAGUCAUAUUGCUCCACACCAGCAGUCCGAACGCCGAGCUGAGCCAGGCUGCCUUGCAAGCUUUGGGGUUCUGCGUUUAUCACUCUCAGGUGGUUUCUGGAAUCUCUGAGACCUUUGCUGCACAGAUCCUGUCUGCGCUCUGCUCCCUGGUGACCAAGUCGAUGGAUAAGAACACCUGUACCAGAGCAUUAUGGGUAAUUUCCAAACAGAGCUUUCCUGCUGAUGUCGUCAGCAAAAACGUGCCGACUUUACUGGGUUCCUUGGAGAGAGUGUGGAGCAGAGAGGACCUCCAGUCUGCGGUGAUGGACCACGAAGCCCUGAACGUCAUCAUCAGGAUGAUAGAGCAGGUGCCGACCCAGAUGAGCGACGGGGCGGUGCGGUGGGCCAAGCUGGUCAUCCCGCUGGUGGUGCACUCUGCCUCUAAGGUGCGCCUGCGCGCCGCCGCGGCCUUGGAGAUGGGCAUGCCCCUGCUGCUGGCCAAGCAGGCGGAGGUGGCGGCCUACCUGGAGCCCAUCAUGUCGGCGAAACUGAUCCCAGAUCUGCAGAAGCUCUUCAUGUCCAAGAAUGAGACCAACGUCCUGAAGCUCUGGCCUUUGUUUGUGAAGCUUCUCGGGAAGCUGCUGCAUAAAGGGGGUCCUUUCAUCAACUCCCUGCUGCGUCUGGAGGAGCUUGGUUUCCGCAGCUCCUCUCCCACCAUCAAGAAGAUCGCCUUCAUCGCCUGGAAGAGCCUCAUCGAUAACUUUGCUCUCAACCCAGAUAUCCUGAGCAACUCCAAACGAAUGAAGCUGCUCAUGCAGCCGCUCAUCUCCAUCCAGGUGAGAACGGAGGCCCUGCUGCUCACCAAGGUGGAGGUCUGGUGGUAUCUGAUAGUGCAGCUGGGACCCAACCUGUCCCCCAACUUUGAGCAGGUCGCGGCGCCUCUGCUCCAGUCCACCAUCAGGUCCGAUUCAUCCGCCGUUCCAAACACUCCUUCUAGAGCCGUCGCUCAAAAUGGAGCCGUGGCGCCCAGCACCCCGAAAUCAGGCAACGUCUCCCUGAACGCUUCGGUCGGCACGCUAUCGAUGAGCCUGAACUCCAGCAUGCAGGCUUCCUCCUGCUUCUCCUCCAUUCAGCUGCUGGGCCUGGAGAUGCUGCUCCACUACUUCCUGGGACCGGAGGUCGUUGCUGCUGCAGCAAAGAACAAGAUUAUGUUAAAUCUAGAACCUCUGAAUCAUCCGCUCCUCUCUGGUGCUCCAUCCUUCAUGAAACACGCCGCCGUGCUCCUCUCCAACAUCAGAGACGGCUUCACCGCCAUUGGCAAAGAGGCUCCAGAGCCGCUGUUAGCCGUCAUUUGGACCAGUCUCGUCCGGUUCGUCAACUUGACUAUAGACUCAGCAGGCAGUAAGAAGGAUCGUCAGGGUUGCGAGGCGCUCACCCUGAUGCUUCAGACACUACAGAGCAUCGUAGCCUCCGAGGCGCUGCCUGCUGACCGAGUCCUGGUUCUGCUGAAGGCCACGCUGAAAGGUCUGCCUCAGAGGGUCCUGGGCUCGGCUUCCUACCAAGUGGGCAAGAUGGACGUGCUGAACGGGACCCCGGCGCUCUUCCUCAUCCUCCUCCUCUUCAACAGCGGCAGGCUGCCGGCCUACGUAGAGGACGAGAGGUUUUUCCACUGCCUGCAGUCGCUGGUCACCUGCGGCCUGACCGGACCCGCUUCUCCGCUGGCGUUCGCCGAGGCCGUGCUGAGCGCCAUGAGCAGCUGCGCACCGUCUCUGCAGAACAAGGAGCAGCUGUGCAGGAUGUGGAGCUCAGUGGUCGGCCCUCUGACAGACACCAUCACACAGUCGAAUGAAGUGAACCAAGGAGACGCCCUGGAGCACAACUUCAGCGCCAUGUACGCGGCCCUGAUGUUCCCCGUCAGUCACCUCCUCCACGGCUCGCUGCUCCAGCAGGCGUCCCAGAAGGCCGUGCUGUCCUCCUGGUCCAAGCUGUACCGCGUGUUCGCCCGCUGCUCCGCUCUGGUGGCGACGGCCGAGGAGAACAUCUGCUGCGAGGAGCUCUGUGUGAAGAUGGCUGCGGCCGUAGACAGAGCGGCGCUGGCGGUCCCGUCGAUUCUGCAAGCCGUCUGCAGCAUCCUGCAGGUCAUGGUGGAGUGCAUGGACUUCUCUCCGUACACGCCCACCUUCCAGCAGAAGCUGAAAUCUCCUCACACUCUGCUGCACUGGGCGCGGAAACGGAGCAAAGCCCUGGGGAACCUGUCCACCUUCGUGUCCCUGCUGGCCCAGUGUCUGGAGGUUUACGCCGCGGCCCCGGAGGAUUCCUCAGAGGCCGCCGGCUCGGCCCUGGCCUCCGUCGUCUCCACUCUGUUCGCCAACCUCAUCCUCGCCAACUGCGUCACCGAGGCGCUGAGCGCCCUCGUUGGGCCGCUAACGCUCCUCUACGAGCACGCGGCAGGAGAGAGCUGCAGGUUCUCUAGCCACCUCCAGGGAAAGCUGGAGAAGCUCCUCUCUGAAGUCCUGGGCUGCCUGCAGUCGCGCUCCCCCGUUGCCCAUGACGACGAGCUGCUGGCGCUGCUGUCCCCUCUGCUCUGCGUCGUCUUCCCACACAAGAACAAGCACCUGCGCGCGGCGGCCACGCAGUUCUGGAACGCCACCUUUGCCAACACGGCCAGCCUGGCGUAUCCUGAGGAGAUCAGACCCGUGCUGAGCCAGGUGAAGCAGAAAACUCCCAUCAUCCUUCCCGGCUUCCAGGCCGUCAGCGUUCCAGACGAGCUCAGUGAGAACGGCUCGAGUGAGAGCUCUCAGCUGGAGACCAAGCUCAGCGGGAUGCCCAUGUCUUCGGCCGGGAAGAGGGACUCCAUGCUCGCCAAGCCGGACGCCAAUGACAGGAGCUCCUCCAAGGUGUCCAGACCCGUCUCGAUGAAGCUGGACUUUGGUUCUCCCAAACCUCCACGUAGGGAGGUUCUGGAAGAAGAAGCUUCCAUCGACUUCGUCUUCAUCCCUCCUGAGACGAAGGAAAGGGUUCUAACCGAGCACCAGAAGGAGGUGAAAAGAACCAAAAGGGUGGACAUUCCUGCCAUGUACAACAACCUGGACGCCUCCCUGGACACCAGCGUUUUCAGUCAGUACACGCAGAGCCAAGACGACUCUUCGGAUAAAGUUCCAGCUGGACAAGCUGACGGCAUUGUUACGGAGGCUCCCAGUGAGGCGCAAAAGAAACCAACCGACUCUGCAGAGAUUCAUUUGAAAGAAACUCAAGUCGUCGUCGGCCCUGAAGGUACUGAGACGAAGAGAAGAAGCCCGCCGGCGGAGAAGAGCGUCCCAGACUCUGCAGAUCUUCCUCUGCCGGGUUCUGAUAAAUGCAGCGAGGACAAAGACGUGGAGACAAAAGAAACCCCGAGUCCAAACACCUCCAGUUCAUCUGAUGUGGUCUCAGGGACUCCUCAGAAGCCCAGCAGCAGUCGGCGUCAGUCUUUCAUCACUUUGGAGAAGUACAGUGAGGGAAAGCCUGCCAGUCCCAGUGGAGUCUCCUCCUUUACUGGUCCUCCUGUUAAGAGGUCUAACAGCCAAGAUCAAGCUAGUGCUAAUAAGAGGCAAUCUCCUGAAGCCUCACAGAAAUCUGCUGUUCCAGACUCUGCUUUAGGAGAUUCUGGUCCCCGGUCUGAAAGCGAGUCUCCUCGGAGGCCCAUAGAGUCCCGGAUAAAAAGUGAGCCUGUAAGACUGAUUGAGAGACUUCAGAGUGACUCUGACGAGGAUGUCAUCCCGGACACGCAGACCAAAACGGAGGUUCAGGGAAGCGCUGGCUCCUCGGAGGAGAUGGAUUCCUUCAGUCAGGAUGAGGAGUCCCAAUCAAUGAUGGAUGAUUCCCAAACGUCUCCAGGUGAGCCGAGACGAUCCAGACGCCACAGAGUCAGACCUCUGCUCCCCGGAGAAGACCCCGAGGAACGCGAGGCGAAGUACACGCACGUCAAAAGGAAACGUUCAGGAGAAAGUCCCAAAAGUGACUCUUCCAAACCAAUGCCAGGCAGACCCAACACCAGGAGCAAACAAGUCGUAGAGGAGAACAGCACCAGAGACCGGCUGCGGUCCAAGUCUCAGGGCAGCGCCGGCGAAUCCACCCACAGGGACUCGCAGGGGAAACAUCGGAAGAAGGUCAGACUUUACAGCCAUUCGCAGGACCUCCUAGGGUCUGCUGAGCGCAAGCCGAGAAGCGUCGGUCAGCAGGAUUCCAGCCUGACCCUCAUCAAACCAGAAACCGGCUCCAGUCAUGGAAGCACAAAGCACAGAAAGCACGACAUCUUCAGCAAGGAGUCUGAGGCUGGAAGGACCAAAGAAGAGUCCAGCCAAGCUGCUGCUGAAGGUACGGUAGAUCUGAAGGAGAAAGACGAGGCUCCUCCAGAGACCGGAUCCCAAACGGUGGAAAGUUUACCUCAGAUGGAAGAGUCCAAGACAGUAGAGCCGGAACAAAAGACUAUACAAGAAGAUAGACUUAAGAAAGAGCAGGAAGCUCCGACGUCUUCUCCACAAACUGAAGAUAAACCACAAGAAAGGGUGGAUUCUAAAGAAGAGUCCAAAGAUGAAACCAAAACAGGGAUGGAGAGCGAAACGACGCAAGACGCCGUUAAUGCCCCCGAAGCAGAGAUGGACAUGUUCAGCCAGGAGGACUCUCAGGUCACCCCUCCAUCCGCCGACGGUGCAAUUAAACGGAGAUCCAGACGGAGCAAAGCGUCCUCUGAGCCAGAAGACGAAGAUGGUGGCGUGAACUCUUCCGGACGGUCCACCCGUUCUAAGACAUCCACGCCUCUGGCGGUUCAGGCUGGAGCCGUAGGCAGGACCAGGAGGAGUAAAGUCCUGGAAUCUAGUCCCAGCUCGACCGCAGAAGGCUCCCAGUCGUUAGAAGCGUCUGGGUCAGGGUCGUCUCGAGGCAGAGGCAGAUAUCCAAGAGGGAGAUCCUCUCAGUUGCAGGCGGCCAGUGUGGAGUCGUCAGAGUCCGAGUGCUCCUUUAGUCCAGAGGUCUCCGUUCGCAAGAAAAGGGGGAGGAAGCCCAAAGCUUCUCUGCAGAGUCCUCUGACUCUGGAUUCAAAGGAGCCCGGAGCGGACAGCCAGCAAGCAGAUUCUCAACACUUUGGGACAAAGAAUAGCUUACAAGAAUCAUCAGAGACGCAAGAUCUAAAGGAAUCAGAGCUGGUGGCAGAAACCAACGAUGCUGAGGCAAAGAAGUUGGAUUCUGAGUCCGAGGAGGCUCCGCCUCCACCAGCCGAAGAGAAGACUGGAACUGAAGACACUCACAAGGGUAGGCAGUCGCUGAGCUCCACUGAGCAGAGAGAUUCAGACGCAGGAAAAGAGUCUUUCCAAGAAGUAGGAGCGGCUGAAUCUGCUGAGCCAGGAAGCGCUCCCAUACAGGGGGAGGAGCCACAGGUGAUGGAGACCCCCGAGGAAAAAGCUGAAACAUCUGAGGAGGGACUGAAGGCGAAGCGUGUGGAAUCAGAUUCAGACCAGCAGCAACCGUCCUCUCCUCCAGGGGAGGAGUCUCAGGAGGGGGAGGAGCUUCAGCAAGAGAAGCUUCAGGGGGACAAACUUCAGAUGGAGGCGGGGCUUCAGCAGGAGGAUCGUCAGGAGGAGGCGGGGCUUCAGCAGGACCAGGAGGAGUCUCUAAAGAUCCCAGAAAAAGAACCGUCCGCUGAUGGUGUCCCAGAAGAGGACGAUAAAGACGUUCAAACGGAGACGACCACGGACAAACGCAGACAGGACCUGGAAGCUGAGCCGUCAGGCGGCGCUGCGGCGACCUCCCAGGCGCCUCAUCAGGACUCUCCGCUCAAACAGAAGGACCUGGAGGCUGUAUCAGAACCAGAAGCGGGACAGAGCCCCAGAAAUGGCUGGAUGAGGGGAACAUGGUCGCCUUCAGCCUCCCCCUCCACCAGCAUCCUGAAGACGGGCCAGAAGAGGCCCCUGGAGGUGGAGAUGUCGUCUCCCGUCGUUAAGUUCCGCCGCGUGUCCUUCGCUAACCCCAUCCAACAGCAGGAGACGGCUGAUGAUAUCGAUCGGCGCAGCCCGGCUCUUAGAACCAGCUCUCCCAGAAGGUCAAAGGUCGGCAGCAUCCCUCAGCCGAAGCACAUCACCACUCCAACUAAAGGCGGUCUGGUCGGGAGUCCCAGAAGUCUGCACAGUCCGAGUUACAGGAGCUCCAAGAAGUGCCUGAUAUCAGAAAUGAGUCAGGAGCCUCGAGCCGUGCCCAGAGACUGCAUCUACCCCUCCCUGGUGGGCUGCUCGGCCCCCGUGGAGGCUGUGCUCACCCAGAUUUCGUCCACCAUGUGGUCCAGAGGGUUCGGGCAACUCAUUCGCGCCAGAAACGUCAAAUCGGUGGGCGACCUCUGCGCCCUGACGCCCUCCGAGAUCAAGACUCUCCCCAUCCGGUCUCCAAAGAUCUCCAACGUCAAGAAGGCCCUGAAGAUCUACGAGCAGCAGCGUAAAGGCAGAGGGGGAGACGAGCUGAAGAGUUUUGAUGAAACGGAGAGGAUGACAUCUGAGCCGGAGGAGACGGGCGGCGCUCCCACCCCGGACGAGGAGGAGAAGACCUCAGCAGCGUCGGAGCUGAUUGACGAGCCGGUUUCUGCCGAUGUGAACAGCUCUGUGUCAGAGGAGCGGCGUGAUGGAGAGGAGCGACCCGGGGAGGGAGAGCAGCGACCCGAGGACGCGCCGCCAGCGGCGGUGGAGGCUCUGGCCCGCAGGAUGACGGCGCUGGAACUGAGCCUUUGCUCCCCGCAGCAGCUGGUGGAGAUGCACGAGCAGCUGGGAGGCAUGAUGAGGGCGGUGGUGGUGGAGCUGCAGACGCGUCUGUGUGGCGCCGGCGACAAACACUGAGCAGCACCGCGGGACGCCGCACCAACACACAGACUGAGGAAAUUGCAAUAGACAAAUGAAGUUUUUCCUUCUGGAUCUUAAUGGGAUUUUAAGAUUUCCUGGAUUGUUUUUAAUCAGUUCGUUUCCUGGUAGACGGUAGAAUUUCCAAAGACUUCAAACUUACUGCCUACAUCUGUCUCUGCAUGAGCUUUAGCUUCCUGCUUAAGAAUUCUGUCAUGAAGCGAUGGAGGACGUUUACAGCCUGAUUUCUGUAAAUACCGGCGGGCUGAUUUCAGACCCGCCUGGGGCGACGCUUCCUGUUCCACGCAUCUUCGCUCAUUUGUCUCAAUGCCUUUUUAUUGUUUUAACAGACUGAUCCACAGUGUUUGCUUCAUGUUUGGGUUUUAAUCUUCUAAAUAAAAGAAUUUCCAGACUUUUA